UUCAGGAGCUUCCCGUGGUAGCGACGUGCAUGGCGUCCCGGGACCUUGAGCCCGACGCCGGGGUACCCCAAGUCCUUGCCUCGGGGGGAUGCAGCUCCUCUUCCCCGUCGGGCGCCCUGUCCUGCCGCGAGGACCUUGCCCCAGGCUCGGGCCCCGCCACAGCCCCUCCGGUGGCCGAGGGUCCCAGCCCUGGCCUCCCGCGGAACGUGCUGAGCGAGAGGGAGCGCCGGAAGCGGAUCUCCAUGAGCUGUGAGCGCCUGCGCGCCCUGCUGCCCCGCUUCGCUGGCCGGCGGGAGGACAUGGCCUCGGUCUUGGAGAUGGCCGUGCAGUUCAUCCGGCUGGCGCGCGCGCUGGUGCCUGGCGCGGAGAGCUGUGAGCGGACGGACCUGGUUCUUGCUCCUUCCAGGGAGACCUGGCACUCACUGCAGAGGAACGUCGUGCAGCUGGCCCUGUCACAUCAGGGCCCCGCAGGCACGCCGGGCCCCGAGACGGGGGCGCCUGUCGUGACUCUGCAGGGGGACGCCCCGCACUGUGUGGCCCUGGGCGUGGCCGAGAGCGAGGGUCCCAUGGGGUCGUCCGAGGUGCUAGACAGGCCACCCCCGAUCCCUGAGCCUUCCAGCCUGGCGCCCCAGCCCGCAGGCCCGACCGAGGUCCCAGGGCCACCCUCGCCCUGGCCCCGCUGCCCCGUGAUGAGUGAAGAGGCCCCCGGCUGGCUGGGCCACACGGGGCCCCUGGCCAGGGCUGCCACUCCUCCAGGCGGGCCGGCCGAGGAGGCCCUCGUGCCUGUGCCGGACCCCAGGUCUGCGUCGGGCUCCGACGGGGAGGACAGGACGUCCUUCCUGCUGACCGCCAGUCCCGACUGGUGGCUAGGGUCCCUGGAGGGCAGAGGAUGCGGGGCCCCCACCUGGGCCGGGGCCAGGAGCAGCCCACCGGACGGGGCCGAGCCUGGCCUCCUGGAGGACCCCGAGCCGGGCUGCCAGGAGCUCCAGGACGGCUCCCUAGAGCCCUGGGGCUCGGACCUGGGCUGCUCGGGCCUGGCCCUGCGGGACGAGGUGGACGGCAUCUUCCCCGACUUCUUUGCCUGCUAGGCCCUGCGGGCACGGGAGCGGGUGGGGGCGUUUCGGGGCGGCGGUGCGCCUGUCGCGUGUCAGGCGUCGUAUUUCGGGUGGGCUGCAGCUGUGCUCUAAUUUGAGCGGCUGCCAGGCCGGGAGUGGCGGAGGCGGACUAUUAAAGAGGAAAAUCGGUUUUCCGGAGGAAGCGGAA